GCAGAGCACUUGACAGGCGAACAGGAAGCUGCUCUUUCUCAUCAGAUCUGGGAACUGUGACUUUGCUCGCCGGCCUUUUCUCUGUAAAACAUCCGGGAAACAAUCAAAGCUGGAAAUGGCUCAGGGAAAAGAUCAGUCCUUCGCCAGCCGCCUUUUCCACCGGUGCCGUAAAACUAGCCAGGAGCUGAGAGGACAGGAGACCGAGGCGCCUCGGGUCUCGGACUUCACCGUGGCGUGGGAUCGGCUCAUGAAAGAGUUCUUAGCUAAAGCCAAAGAAGAUUUUUUAAGAAAAUGGGAGUGUCCACCACAGAGCACGACGUGCCUGGACGACUUCGACAGGUUCAAGACUCUGGGGACCGGCUCAUUUGGCCGAGUGUUGCUGGUCAAGCAUAAAGGAACAAACCAGUUCCACGCCAUGAAAGUCUUGGACAAACAAAAAGUGGUGAAGUUGAAGCAGAUCGAACACACGCUGAAUGAAAAGAGAAUACUGCAGGCCGUCUCCUUCCCCUUCCUGGUCAGGUUGGAGUACUCCUUCAAGGACAACUCCAACCUCUACAUGGUCAUGGAAUACGUGCCUGGCGGAGAGAUGUUCUCGCACCUCAGACGCAUUGGAAGGUUCAGUGAACACCACGCCCGAUUUUAUGGCGCUCAGAUCGUACUCACCUUCGAGUACCUCCACUCUUUGGACCUCAUCUACAGAGACCUGAAGCCUGAAAACCUGCUCAUAGACCAGCGUGGCUACAUUCAGGUCACAGACUUCGGCUUUGCUAAAAGGGUAAAAGGCAGGACCUGGACAUUGUGUGGGACUCCUGAGUACCUGGCUCCAGAGAUCAUCCUCAGCAAGGGCUACAACAAAGCUGUGGACUGGUGGGCCCUCGGAGUCCUGAUCUAUGAGAUGGCUGCUGGUUACCCUCCCUUCUUUGCUGAUCAGCCCAUACAGAUCUACGAGAAGAUCGUUUCUGGCAAGGUACGAUUCCCCUCCCACUUCACCUCCGACCUGAAGGAUCUGCUGAGAAACCUCUUACAGGUGGACUUGACCAAGAGGUUUGGGAAUCUAAAAAAUGGCGUAAAUGACAUCAAAAAUCACAAGUGGUUCUCCACAACGGACUGGAUAGCCAUCUACGAGAGGAAGGUUGAAGCCCCCUUCUUACCCAAGUGCAGAGGACCGGGAGACACCAGCAACUUUGACGACUACGAAGAGGAGGACAUUCGUGUGUCGCAGACAGAAAAGUGUGCCAAGGAGUUUGCUGACUUCUAGCAAUUUCCAGCAGGGCCUCUCCUGGGAGUGAAGGUGGAACUGUCAUGUGUCCAAAACAAAUGCUCUGUUCUUUUGUUGCACAAGUGAAGGAGCUCCUUAGACAGCCCACCUCGUCCUCUUCCCUCCCAUAUUUUCUCCACCUCUUUUUCAAAUAACAUUGGCCUUCCAACUGAGGCCCGCCCUUCAAGAUAGUAGCAUUGCACCUCCGUCUUCUUUUCUCCGCUCCGUCCAUCAACGUCCUGGUGGUUUGUCCAAAACAUUUCUGGCUCGCAGCGUCGUUUGUCCAUGGAAUUUGAAAAUGUUUAACCUGUGUUUAGAUUCCGGGUGGUCAGAGAUACUCGGCACCAAGUCAUUGUUGUCCGCCCUCAGACGCAUCAUCACAUAGAAACACAGGCCUGAAGUACACUGGAGUCACCUUUUGCUCAAAGACACCUCAGCAGUGGUUGCUGGUGCAAAAUACACUAUAUUGCCAAAAGUAUUUGGCCACCUGCCCUGACUCACAUGUGACCUUGAAGUGCCAUCCCACUCAAUAUGACCUUUUGCAGCUAUUACAGCUUCAACUCUUCAGGGAAGGCUGUCCACAAGGUUGCCGAGUGUCUUUAUAGCAAUUGUCCACCAUUCUUCCAAAAGCGCAUUGGUGAGGUCACACACUGAUGUUGGUGGCGAAGGCCUGGCUCUCAGUCUCCGUUCUAAUUCAUCCCAAAGGUGUUCUGUUGGGUUCAGGUCAGGACUCUGUGCAGGCCAGUCAAGUUCAUCCACACCUGACUCUGUCAUCCAUGUCUUUAUGGACCUUGCUUUGUGCACUGGUGCACAGUCACAUUGGAAAAGGAAGAGGCCCGCUCCAAACUGCAUGGAAUUGUCCAAAAUGUUUUGGUAUCCUGGAGCAUUCAAAGUUCCUUUUACUGGAACUAAGGGGCCAAGCCCAACUCCUGAAAAACAAUCCCACAUCAUAAUUCCUCCUCCACCUGUGGCCGGGCCAAGUGAUUAGAACACCUGAUUCUGAUCAUGUGGAUGGGUGGCCUAAUACUUUUGGCAAUAUAGUGUAUGUUGAGUCAGUGAUGGGGAUCCUAAAGUCCCAUGACCGAGUUACAAACUUCAUUGGUUCCUGGACAAGGAUCCUAAAUGGAAAAGUUCCCGGAGUAAAGUAAAUCUCUCCGUAAGAAACAAUGUAAACAUGAAUAAUGUCUUCCAGUCUUGACAAAAGUCUGUUAUUUAGUGGAGAUUAGUACUUUCAAACAGUGACCUGCAGCAGGGGCCCACAAGCCUUUUUGCACCGGGGGCCAGUUUAAUUUGGGCAUUAUUUUCAGGGACUGAUAAAUACAUGUAUAGCAAGUAAGUGCAUGAAAAAUUAGUGCAAUUGAAGAGUAGGGGCAUAGUAAGUCAGUGAUGUACUGAGGGGCCCCACCAUGCAACUGAAGAGUAGGGGCAUAACAAGUCAGUGAUGUACUGAGGGGCCCCACCAUGCAACUGAAGAGUAGGGGCAUAGUAAGUCAGUGAUGUACUGAGGGGCCCCACCAUGCAACUGAAGAGUAGGGACAUAACAAGUCAGUGAUGUACUGAGGGGCCCCACCAUGCAACUGAAGAGUAGGGACGUAACAAGUCAGUGAUGUACUGAGGGGCCCCACCAUGCAACUGAAGAGUUGUGGCAUAACAAGUCAGUGAUGUACUGAGGGGCCCCACCAUGCAACUGAAGAGUAGGGGCAUAACAAGUCAGUGAUGUACUGAGGGGCCCCACCAUGCAACUGAAGAGUAGGGGCAUAACAAGUCAGUGAUGUACUGAGGGGCCCCACCAUGCAACUGAAGAGUAGGGACGUAACAAGUCAGUGAUGUACUGAGGGGCCCCACCAUGCAACUGUGGAGUUGUGGCAUAACAAGUCAGUGAUGUACUGAGGGGCCCCACCAUGCAACUGAAGAGUAGGGACAUAACAAGUCAGUGAUGUACUGAGGGGCCCCACCAUGCAACUGAAGAGUAGGGACAUAACAAGUCAGUGAUGUACUGAGGGGCCCCACCAUGCAAUUGAAGAGUAGGGGCAUAGUAAGUCAGUGAUGUACUGAGGGGCCCCACCAUGCAACUGAAGAGUAGGGGCAUAACAAGUCAGUGAUGUACUGAGGGGCCCCACCAUGCAACUGAAGAGUAGGGACAUAACAAGUCAGUGAUGUACUGAGGGGCCUCACCAUGCAACUGAAGAGUAGGGACAUAACAAGUCAGUGAUGUACUGAGGGGCCCCACCAUGCAACUGAAGAGUAGGGGCGUAACAAGUCAGUGAUGUACUGAGGGGCCCCACCAUGCAACUGAAGAGUAGGGACGUAACAAGUCAGUGAUGUACUGAGGGGCCCCACCAUGCAACUGAAGAGUAGGGACGUAACAAGUCAGUGAUGUACUGAGGGGCCCCACCAUGCAACUGAAGAGUAGGGACGUAACAAGUCAUCUAUGAAGAAGCUAAAUGUUGUGUCUGGAGGGAGCCACCAAAGUUAGGUGGUAUAAAAUGUUAUUUCAUGUCUCUGUGUGGCCCGCUAGCAAAUGUGUCUUACGGACCAGUGCCGGUACCUGGACCCGGAGUUGGGGGCCACUGCUGUACAGUUCUGUAUGUCAAACAAACAUGAGUUAAGGGUUAACUUUCUAUUUAUCAACAAGCUACAACAAAGACAAGCUGAAAUGUUCUGUUCUUUAGUGCCCUCACAAAAGACCAGAAAUCCCAACUUUAACAACCAUUUUGCUGCAAUAGUAAACAUUUUCAAAUCCACUCUCAUGAGCUGCUCCUCCCGAGAGGAGACCGAGGGAGAGAAUUAGUCAUGUUUACUUUGAUUCUUAUGGCCAACUCUGCUUCACUGUCCGCAAACCACCUUGAAGAACCAAAUUGGGUUCGUAGAUCGUGGUUCCUCUGUACGUGUUUUGCUUUGAUGUGGCUCGAAGCCAUCGUUUUUUUUCCAAUCUCAAAGUCCUUUGCUGUCCCUCACCUUCAUUGAAAUGGGGGAGAAUCCCAGGCUUGAAUCUACGAGACUAACUGGGUCACCUUGAGGCUAGCUUCUGAAGUGACACCAGGACAGGUGUGGCAGCUUGAAGUAAGAGCUAAAGAUCCAGGUGCUGCUGGGGUCACUAAUGUCCAUUUCAAACUGAGGCAGUGAGGCGACCAAGCUGUCCGUGGACUUGGACUGUGAAUGCAGUGGACUUGGACUGUGAACGCAGUGGACUUUGGACUGUGAAUGCAGUGGACUUGGACUGUGAACGCAGUGGACUUUGGACUGUGAAUGCAGUGGACUUGGACUUUGAAUGCAGUGGACUUGGACUGUGAACGCAGUGGACUUGGACUGUGAACGCAGUGGACUUUGGACUGUGAAUGCAGUGGACUUGGACUUUGAAUGCAGUGGACUUGGACUGUGAACGCAGUGGACUUGGACUGUGAAUGCAGUGGACUUGGACUGUGAACGCAGUGGACUUGGACUGUGAAUGCAGUGGACUUAGACUGUGAAUGCAGUGGACUUGGACUGUGAAUGCAGUGGACUUGGACUGCGUAUGACAGUGGACUUGGACUGUGAAUGCAGUGGACUUGGACUGCGUAUGACAGUGGACUUGGACUGCGUAUGACAGUGGACUUGGACUGUGAAUGCAGUGGACUUGGACUGUGAAUGCAGUGGACUUGGACUGCGUAUGACAGUGGACUUGGACUGUGAAUGCAGUGGACUUGGACUGCGUAUGACAGUGGACUUGGACUGCGUAUGACAGUGGACUUGGACUGUGAAUGCAGUGGACUUGGACUGCGUAUGACAAGUGAAACACCAUCUGUGUAUCGUCCGUGAGGAUAUUUGAAUGUUCACAUCCUCGUCCUUGGAUUCUUGGCUCCAUGAACGGAUGGCAGGUGGACUGUGGACUGUGGACUGUGGACUGUGGUCUGUGGUCUGUGGACUGUGGACUGUGGACUGUGGUCUGUGGACUGUGGACUGUGGUCUGUGGACUGUGGACUGUUGAAAGCAGCAGGCCUCAUCAGUUCCUGCUCACAGACCUCGAUGGGACAGCUUUGGUCUGAGAGGCCGGUGCAGGAUCCAAGGUAGUUAUCUGCGUGUCUGGACAUGUCCCCUCUUCUAGAGCAGGGCUUCUUAACCUUUUUGACCUCGCAGCCCAACUUUUCUACUACUGAGGGGCCCGAACAUUAGCAGUGAUUAGUAACCCUCCUCUGGAUUUGAAUGAAGGCUAACAUGCCUACACUUUGUCAGCCCAAGUGGGAUUUGUUUUACCCAGCGGACUGUUGGCACUGCAAGUCAAAUGUGAUUUUUAAACGUGCACUGGGCACAAACUUGUGAAAACACAGGAAGUUGACCACGAGGAAGUCGCUACCACUACAAAAUAAAAUAAAAGUUGCAGCACCUUAAAA